AUGGACGUUGAUGGGGAUGUUGACGGCUCAUUGGCGCAAGCGCUUUCAUGCAUGGCCACAAAUGAUAAGGAGGUUUUGAUUCGACAGUUUCAGAACAUCCUCGGUGAGAAUCAUGUUCUUACACCGGAAGCAUGUGCCUUCUUUCUUGAUAUGAACAAUUGGAAUUUGAAUGCUGCGCUAGGAGCGUAUUACGAUUAUGGUUCACCAAAUACAAUCGGUAUGCCUCCACCGGAAUACACUACUCGUUUACCGUCAAUGCAGUUCGUUCAGGAUAUUACUAUUGGCGAGGGUGAAAGUGUUCCGCCAUCGACACGUUUCGUUAAAACGUGGCGUGUACGAAACAAUGGUUUAGAGUGUUGGCCAGCUGGAUGUUACAUAGCAUUCAUGGAAGGGGACAAAUUGAGUGAAGUGACUAGAUCAUGGGUGCAGCCAUUGAGAGCUGGUGAAGAGGGUAACGUCAGCGUGGAUAUGAUGAGUCCAGCAGCGAAAGGAAUCUAUCAGAGUAGAUGGCAGUUGAACACUAGUAAUGGUAUUCCAUUUGGAGAAUCAAUUUGGUGCAUUAUAACAGUGGACGAUAUGGGCAUACUGGAUAUCACACAACAGUUAGCGUGUGCGCCGCUGGGUGUUCGUCCACAAACAUCUGAGCAGCAACAAAUAAGGAAUCCAUUUGCGAGCAGUUCCUCAUCCACUGCUUCAUCAAAUAUGACACGUUUACGCAGUAAUUCUGAACGUGAUGGUUUUUGUGGUGGGAAUUUCGAGUGUGUGCCCAGUGUUGGUGGUAGUAUGGAUAAUUUAUCGUAUGACUCUCCAGCAAGUCCCAACGGAAGUUGUUCAUUAUACAACGCGGUUGUUAGUCGAUUACCUCAGCUUCAAAAUGCUACUGCAACAAUUGGAACAUCUGCGGCGAUGGCCACACAUAGCAGAUCGGAACCAAUUGAAAUAGGUAACUUCAUGGAUGAAUCACCCGACGUUCCACCUUGUACACCGUGCACACCACCACAAUAG